AUGCUACGCUAUCUUAUACCAAAAGUGCACUCGACGCUUAGGCCGGCAGUCUCAUCAUCCCUGCUGCGCCCCGCAUACUCAAAAAGAAUGAUUUCCGCCAUUCCCGAGCAGUUGGUUACAAACACCACCCAAACCGAAAGCCCAUAUCGAUCCCUAGCGAUACCCUCCAGCGAAGAUAGUCCCGAAACCCGCCAGAAGUAUCGACCCUUCAUUCUGACCGAAAAUGCACCGGACGACUGGGUCAACAAGCUCGAGUUGACCACCGCAACCGACAUGGCUGAACAGAAUCUACGGGCUACCAACGAGAGACUAAAAGUUCUGGUACUCUAUGGCAGUCUCCGAAGAAGGUCAUAUUCAAAGCUAGUAGCGAUGGAAGCUUCCCGUAUCCUUUUCCGACUUGGUUGUGAUGUGCGUGUCUUUGACCCCGAAGGUCUUCCAAUGAAGAACGAGACCGAUGUCAGCCAUCCUAAAGUACAGGAGCUCCGAGAGCUCAGUCUGUGGAGUGAUGGACAUAUCUGGGUUUCUCCUGAGCAGCAUGGAAAUCUGACCGCUGUAUUCAAAAACCAAAUCGAUUGGAUCCCACUGAGCACAGGGAGCGUCCGUCCUACUCAGGGCCGUACGUUGGCCAUUGCCCAGGUAUGCGGUGGGUCUCAAUCCUUCAAUGCGGUGAACUCUUUGCGCAUCUUGGGUCGAUGGAUGCGCAUGUUUACUAUUCCGAAUCAAUCGUCGAUUCCAAAGGCAUAUACCCAAUUUCCAGACGAGGGCCAACCAGGAGAUCAACGACUCAUGCCUAGUGGUAAUCGAGAUCGGCUGGUCGAUUGCAUGGAGGAAUUUGUUAAAUAUACCAUUCUGAUGCGGCCUCAUAUCGGUCUUUUCGGCGAUCGGUUCAGCGAACGCGAGGAGAAGAAGUUAAAGGAGGCAAGGAUGAACGCAGCAGCUACAGCUUAG